AUGAUUCGUCUUAAUGCAAAAGCUGGAGUAAUUGGAGUAAACUAUGGCCUACUAGGAAACAACCUCCCACCACCAAACCAAGUCGUUGCACUUCUAAAAUCAAGAAACAUAAUGAAAACACGCCUCUUCGCCCCAAACCUCGAUGUACUCACAGCUCUGAAAAAUUCAAGAAUUGAAGUCAUCCUCGGAACAUUAGACCAAGACCUCCAAGACCUACCAACUAAGGUUUCACAUGCCACAACUUGGAUCAACACCGACAUGCUUCCAUACUCGGACACAAUUCGAUUCCUCUGCAUAUCUGCUGGCAACCAAGUCAUCCCCGGUGACCUAUCCGCAUAUGUUUUCCCAGCCAUGGAAAAUCUCAAAACAGCUUUAGAAUCAGCUAAUCUAAGAAACAUCCAAGUAAGCACAUCGGUUUCAACACAAAUCCUUGGGAUUUCGUACCCUCCUUCUAAAGGGGAAUUCUCAGAGGAUGUGAGCUAUGAAAUGGGACAAAUCACUUCAUUUUUAGCAGAAAAUAAGAGCCCUUUGCUAGUCAAUGUGUACCCUUACUUUGCAUACAUAGAUAACCCAAAUGAGAUUCAAUUGUCCUAUGCAUUGUUGAACAGUAGUGAGGUGGUUGUUGUUGGAACAAUCUUCUGU